AGGCAGCUGUCUUCCCUGUUGGUUUCCGGGACGAGGACAGGUUCACAAGGAGGCCACCAUGGUGCUGAACCCAGUCAUUUCCAAGCUUUCCGGGAAACUGGUGGUACUGGCCAGCGCCUCUCCAAGAAGACUGGAGAUACUCCGCAAUGCGGGUUUGCGUUUCGAAGUUGUGCCAUCCUGGUUCAAAGAAACACUUGAUAAGAGAGUCUUCAAGUCACCUCAUGAGUACGCCGUGGAGACGGCCAAGCAGAAGGCCCUGGAGGUGGCCAGGAGGAUGCCCGUUAAACACCUGAAGACUCCAGAUAUAGUAAUUGGAGCUGACACGAUUGUGACUGUAGAUGGUUUGAUUUUGGAGAAGCCAGUGAGCAAGCAUGAUGCUUACAGGAUGCUGUCGAGUCUCAGUGGGAAAGAGCACAGUGUCUAUACUGGUGUUGCUAUCAUCGUGUGCCAUGAGAAAGAAAAUGAAGAAGUGGAUUAUCAGUUGAUAGACUUCUAUGAAGAAACAAAGGUGAAGUUUGCUGAUCUCUCGGAGGAUAUGCUGUGGGAAUACAUCAAUAGUGGUGAACCCAUGGAUAAGGCUGGCGGUUAUGGGAUUCAGGCUCUCGGUGGCAUGCUGGUGGAGUACGUCCACGGAGACUUUCUCAACGUCGUGGGUUUCCCCCUCAACCACUUCUGCAAACAGCUGGACGUCAUUUACAACCAGUCUACCUCCUCCUCAGACCAGGGGGCCGAGUCUGCCCACCUGAGUCACAACGGCACUCAUGUCCCCCCGGCGCUCGCUCACUCCGACCACAGUUCUUCCUCUGAACACGACUCCUCAUCCGAUCCCAGAGCCAGCCUGAACAGCCCUUCAGCCAGUCCGGCUCAUAAGGUGAAAAGGACUGUCAGUGGGAGUGGAGCGAGUGAGAGCUCCUGGACGUCGGUCAACAGCUCGUCGAAGCCUGGUGACAGAGAGGCUGAGGUCCAGGAUCCAGACAAUACUCCACUGACUACAUGCAAAGAGCAGCCGCCUGAGCCCAGUGUCACUAACGGCGCACCUAGAAAAGAAGACUUGGAGCAAAUCACUAAACUGAUGGAUGGAUUCAAGGCCUCAAAGGCACUGUUCACAGCGUCCAAGCUGAGUGUGUUUGACCUGCUGCACGGCAAGCCGGGGCUCGACGCCGCUCAGGUGGCUCAUGAGAUCAGAGCUUCAGUGAAGGGAACCCAAUGCCUGCUGGAGGCUUGUGUGUCUCUGGGACUGCUGACGAGCAAAGACAGAACGAGCCAGAAGCCAGUGUACGAGAAUACCGAACUGGCCACGCUUUUUUUGCGAUCCGAUGCUCGCUUUUCACUGCGCGGCUACAUCCAGCACUGUAACGACACGGUGUGGCCUCUCUUCUCCCACCUGGACAGUGCCGUGCAGGAGGGGACGACUCAGCACCAGAGAGCCUUCAGCAAGAAACCCAAGGACAACUCUCAGGAUGUUUGCCACGGCAGUCAAGACGUCAAACUGAGGUUUAUGAAUGCAAUGCACAGCAUUGCUAAAGUUACAGGAGAAACCGUAGCGACGGCCUUUGACCUCUCCAGCUUUAAGACGGCCUGCGAUCUUGGAGGAUGCACUGGUGCCAUGGCGUAUGAGUUCACUAAAGCCCACCCCGGGCUGUCUGUGACUGUGUUUGACUUGCCGAGUGUUGUGGAGAUGAGGGAACAUUUCCAGCCUCAGCACGCAGACAGCAGAGUUUCAUUUGCAGCAGGAGACUUUUUUAAAGAUGAAUUACCCAAAGCGGACCUGUACAUCCUGGCCAGAAUUCUCCAUGACUGGCCGGAUGAAAAGGUUCAUAUUCUGCUCGGGAAAAUUGCAGAUGCAUGCACACCAGGCUGCGGCGUCCUGCUCAGCGAGAUCUUUCUGGACGAGGACCGGGCGGGCCCGAGCCGCGGCCUGCUGCAGGCCCUCAGCAUGAGCGAGGGCCAACAGAGGAGCGCAGCGGAGUACAGCCUGCUCCUGAAGAGCCACGGCUUCAUCCCCUCACACAUCACACACACCCACAACCUGCUGGACGCCAUGCUUUGCAUCAAAGCGUGACUGACGACAACCAAAACACUACUUUGAAAGGCUCAUGUUUGACAGUGUUGGAGCGUGUUAAAGUAACCAUAUUUUAAGACGAGGAAAUAUGCAGCAGAUGUAUGGUGACAAAAAAAUAACAGCUGUUGUUUUUUUGUUUUUCAGCCAUGAUAAUUGACAUUUUAUAUGGCAUUUUAGUCUUUUUAUGUAUUAAUGGAGGUGUGGUCUGGAUUAAUACUGAAAUAAAACUACAGAAUCAGAAACCCACAUUCAGCUGCAUUUCUUUGUUCAGUGGUUCAGAGA